AAGUUUACUUCGAAAGUUGCACAAUGCAUUUCCCAUUAUUUUUACAAUUUCCGUCAAACAAAACAGACAUGGAAAUAUACACCCGUGAUCAGCGAGAAUUGGACAAUGGUGUAAAAGCGUUUGCUUGGAUAAAAUUUAUGUCCAAGUGCAUCGGAGUUUGGCCACUAAAGCCGAAUUAUCAUCUCUCGAACUUAAUUUUUCUGUAUUUUACCUACGCUAUGUUCACCGAGUACGUUAAUUUAUUUUUCUGCCUUCCGAAUCUGAAGAAAGUAAUCGGAAAUCUCACAGAAACUCUGUCUUUUACGCAUAUUUACGUUCGUACAGUGAUACUGAGAGUGUACAUCAAGACUUUGGGCGAAGUAAUGUCUGAGUCUUUGAAGGAUUAUCAUGAACGCGCUUAUAAAACUUCCGAGGAAGUUUACGAGCUCAUGACUUUUAUGAAGAAAGGCAAAUUGUUCGUAAAGUGUGCUUCGAUUUUCUCAUUCUGGACCGUCAGCUCUUGGUUCCUGCGGCCUGUAACUUCGGGGUUAGCUUCACCACCGCAAGGAAAUUCCACAUUCAAUAUUGCUGCGUACCCUUUGCCGUACAAAUUUCAUGUUUUUUAUGAGAUAAAUAGUUACAGAACUUAUGUGUUAACUUACAUUUCGUGGAGCCCCUUUGCUUUUAUCAUCGGGUUCGGCCACGUGACAUCAGGAUGCUUUUUGAUAAUAUUGACAUUCCACGUCAGUGGAAAACUCGCUGUUUUAGCUACAAGGAUCGAUGCCCUGAAGUAUAAAAGUGAAGGCAUCAGAAGAGAACUCGAUGAAAUUAUUUUUGAGCAUAGCAGAUUACUCAAAAUGGGGGAGGGAAUAAAACGUGCUUACGCUCCGUCAUUAUUAAUAUACUUCAUGAACGGAAGUAUAUUGUUGACGUUUAUUGGAUACAAAAUACUCGUUUCCUGGACUGUCAGAGACAACAAAAAUUUGACUCCGUACUACAUUUUUAUCAGUACGGUAUAUCUUGCCAUGUGCGUUUUUUGUACGCUCAGUGAAAAUCUAAUAGCGCAAUCAAAAAAAGUUUCCAAUGCAUUUUGGAAUUGUCACUGGUACAACAUGCCCCAAGAUUGCGUUAAAGAUAUUAUUUUUUGUAUCAAGCGGUCACAAAAACCACUUUGUUUAACUGCUGGUUCAUUUGUUACUCUUGGGAGCAGUACUCUAACUGAUGUCACCAAAACAAGUAUGGGAUACUUGUCCGUUUUACGAAGCUUCAUGGUUUCAGAACAAUCUGCUUAAACUAAAAAAAAUCUUACUUAAUAAGAUCAAUAUAUUAAUAUUAAAAUAUUUUUGGAUACAAAUUCAAGAUUCUUCACCCUGUUAGUUGUAAUUUUUUCAUUAUCACAUCACGAAUUUGUGUUUUGCACAAGCUCAUUUAUUAUCUAAGAUUUAUAAACUAUAUGUCAGUAUUUUAAAACAAGUUGGUGUUAAUAUUUAACAUUUUUAUAGACAACACAUCGUUAUUUCGGUGACAAUUUUUACUAAAUGUCAUUUUGUAACUUCAGCCAGUAAUAAUAAUUUUUACAGCUUAUUUAUGUCACUAAAAACUUUGA